UGCGGCGGCAUGCAGCAGCAGCAGCAGCCGCCCGGUCACGGGGACUCCUGACAGGGACUUCUGCCGCUCCCCCCCUCUGUAUAUUUCCGUCUAUUCCGGUGUUUCCAGGAUUCAUUCAUCUCUGCCAGAGCUGCAGCUCGGUCUGCUCUGACAGCAUCCUACCAUCCAUCCAUCCACUCGUCUGUCCACCAAUCUGCCUCCAUCCCUCCUAAUCCAGCGGCGCGUCGUGUUCGGAUCUCCAUCUCAGAAGGUCAAACGUCCCUUUCAUCCACGGAGCCAACUUUUCCUCUUCGUUCCUCCCCUCCUGAUCCACAUUUUAUCCCUUCCUGAUCCGCGAGGAUUAUUUCUCCAGUCCGCUGCCGUUUCCUCCCGGCCGGAUCAGAGGAUGGUUGGCUGAACUCUGAGCUCACUGAUCGGCCGGCUGAGCGUUGCUGGUCGCAGCUGCUGUCAUGGCCAAAAGCCCCGAGGUGAAGCUGGCUGUGUUCGGCAAGGCGGGGGUGGGCAAGUCAGCGUUGGUGGUGAGGUUCCUGACCAGACGCUUUAUCUGGGAGUACGAUCCAACACUGGAAUCUACGUAUCGUCACCAAGCCAGCAUCGACGAUGAGGUUGUCACCAUGGAGAUCCUGGACACUGCAGGCCAGGAGGACAUCCAGCAGAAGGAAGGUCACAUGCGCUGGGGCGACGGUUUCAUCAUUGUCUAUGACAUCACAGAUCGGGGAAGCUUCGAGGAGGUAGCCCCUCUUCGAACCCUCCUGGAGGAGGUGAAGAAACCAAAGAACGUCCCUCUAGUGCUGGUGGGGAACAAGUCCGACCUGGACCACGUCCGCCAGGUCCCCACAGAGGAAGGCGAGCGGCUGGCGGCUGAAAUGGCAUGUGCCUUCUACGAGUGUUCGGCCUGCGCCGACGAGGGCGGCGUGGUGGCUGAGGCGUUCCACGAGCUAUGCAGGGAGGUGAGACGCCGCAAAGCCGUCCAGGGCAAGGCCCGUCGCCGCAGCUCCACCACGCACGUCAAGCAAGCCAUCAACAAGAUGCUGACCAAGAUAAGCAGCUAGGGACGAUUCCUGCUGGUGUCCAGUGAUAAAUGGAAAUGUUCUAUUUUUCUCAUGGAAAUAAUUGAGACAAUUUCUGACUGCAAAAUGACUGAAAUGUGGCCAACGUCUAGUGGAAUCUCCAUGUUCUAUGACUGAUUGACAUUGAAGAAGCCAGAAGGGUUAUGAGUCUUCUCUUUGGAGGAGCCAGAAGACGUCAGUCUGCUGAGUUCUUGAUGUUCCCUUAUUCAAACCUUUAAGCUAAUUCAGUGCAUGGAGUUACAUGGUAGCUUAAUAUGGCAUAUCAGUUACAUGUUGAGGCUCAGAUAUUUCUGCCAUGAGCGGAGGUGUGACGGUUUUACCGUCAUUCACACAAAAAUGUAAAACAAUUUCUUACUCCAGAACAGCCCGAUAUUAUUAUUUCAAAAAGGCUUUACCUUAAUAAACUUGAGAAGUGAUUCUGUUUUAGUUUAGUCAGUUGACCAUGUCAAGUGAAUUUGUAGUUGCAAGAACAAAGGUCAGUUUACCACCUGACCAGUGUACCACCACAGCAUCAGUUGGGGGAAUGCAAGUCGUGUGUUACUCUGUUUUCCAUCCAGCCAAAAAAGAAAACAAACUCCGGAACUUCUCUGGAAUCUUUGAUCUAAAGGAACGGCUUAAUGGAAACCUUUAGUGGUUUUAAAACCUGAUACUGGUUAAUGAACACAUGCCUCGUUGAGUCUUUUGGCUUUUUAUUGGUCAUAAUUCCCUUUAUAACUCCCUUUAAAUUAUUUUGUAAGCCAAGGGAUUUCUGAAACUGAUGCAGGCGCGAUAUCCAACGUGACAUGCAUGGAAUCUAAGAGUUCAUGAUUAAAAGUUGCUUUAUUGCAGCCGGUCUCAGUGGGAUAAAUGUGACCUGCUUCAACAAACAUGAGAACUCUUCUAGCAACAGUGAUAAAAGAUAAAAAAUAAAAACAACUUCAAGUUCAGAGGAGUGUUGCUUGAUGAGGACGGAUCUCAGUGUUCUUCACUGCUCAAGUGUAAGCUGAACUGAAAAGAGUCUGACCUGGACCACAACCUGGUCCAGGUCAUGGUCUUCUUUUUAUAGAAGAAUUUUAUAGAAUCUUAUAAAAUUUUAAAAGAUACUAUAUCUUAUAGAAUCUGCUGCCUGGUAAGGAUGGAGGCUCCAUCCUGGAAAGCCGCUCUGUAGUAAAUACGUCUAAAUUGGAUUAAGAUCUUCGGCUCUGCAGCGGACUCUCAGGCCCUCUGUGUUUGUCUGGGACGCACCAAAGCAAAGGUCCAGAUCAUGUCAGAGCUCAUGACUGCAGGUUCUGUAAAUAUACAAAGGGAAGCGACGAGGGAAGCGUUCUGAGGAUUUCCUUCUGUUUACUCUUUAAACAACAGCAUCUAUUAAAUGCAAUGUUUGUGUUUGUUGUUUGAUCUAAACCAAUCGGCUGUACACUUGGAAUUAAACACUGGUGUAUCCAACCUGUCCAUUGAAAAAUAA